GAUUUGUCCCAAUUGUGGCAGGGCUGUGUGACCUUUGAAGAUGUAGCCAUUUUCUUCUCGCAAGAGGAAUGGUGCCUUCUGGAUGAGGCUCAGAGAUGCCUGUACCAUCAUGUGAUGCUGGAGAACUUGGCACUUAUGGCCUCACUAGUUUGUUGGCGUGCAACGGAGAAUGAAGAGACACCUUCUGAGCAGAGUGUUUCUAUAGAAGCUUUGUCACAGGUGAGGACUCCAAAGGCAGGUCCAUCUACCCAGAAGACUCACCCCUAUGAGAAGUGUGUCCCAAUCCUGAAAGACAUUUUGCACCUGGUGGAUCUAACUGAGAAGACACCGUACUUGCUUGGGGCAUGUGUAAACCUACACCAGUUUCAGAGGCAUUUCAGUGCAGAGAAAAGAGACAUAGAUAGAGCAUCGUUUGUAAAAAGCUGUAUAUUCCAUGUUUCAGGGAAUCCCUUCACCUGUAGGAAAGUUGGACAGGAGUUCCCAGUCACACUGGGCCUUCUUCAGCACCAGAUCAUUCCCAGUGGUGAGAAGCCAAACAAAAUCUCCAAGUGGGGGGAGGCCUUUCACAUUGGAAAAUGUAAUUACAUGUUGCGCGAAUGUGGGAAAGCUUCCAGCCACAAACACAAUCUUGUUUUCCACCCAAGAGUAUCCACUAGAAAAAGGGUUUAUGAAUCUAGCAAAUAUGGAAAAGGCUUCCACUCUAAGUACUCACUGGUUCAGCUCCAGAGAGUUCACACAGGAGAAAGGCCUUAUGAGUGCAGUGAAUGUGGGAAAUCUUUUAGGCAAAGAGCCACCCUCGUUAUACACCAGAGAGUUCACACUGGAGAAAGGCCUUAUAAGUGUGGUGAAUGUGGGAAAUCCUUUAGUCAAUGCUCCAACCUUAUUGAACACUGCAGAAUUCAUAGUGGAGAAAGACCUUAUGAGUGUGAGGCGUGUGGGAAGGCCUUUGGGUGCAAAUCCAAUCUUGUUCGGCACCAAAGAACUCACACUGGAGAAAAGCCUUAUGAGUGCAAUGAAUGUGGGAAAUUCUUUAGACAAAGCUUCACCCUUGUUCAACAUCGGAGAAUUCACACUGCGGCAAAGCCUUAUGAGUGUGUCCAGUGUGGGAAAUCCUUUAACCAAAGAGCCACUCUCAUUAGACACCAGAGAGUUCACACUAGUGAAAGGCUUUAUGAGUGCAGGGAAUGUGGAAAAGCCUUUGGAUCCAAAUCCAAACUUGAUCGGCACAACAGAAGUCACACUGGAGAAAGGCCUUAUGAGUGCCUUGAAUGUGGGAAAUCUUUCAGACAAAGCUACAGCCUUGUUGAACACCAGCGAAUUCACAGUAGAGCAAGGCCUUUUGAGUGUGACCAGUGUGGGAAGUCCUUUAGCAGAAGAGCCAUCUUCACGAAACACCAGAGAAUUCACACUGGAGAAAGGCCAUAUAAGUGUAGUGAAUGUGGGAAGUCCUUUAGUCGAAGCACCAGCCUUAUUCAGCACUGCAGUAUUCACACUGGAGCAAGGCCUUAUGAGUGUGGCCAGUGUGGGAAGUCCUUUAGGCAAAAGUCUGUUCUCAUUCAACAUCAGGUGGUUCAUACUGGAGAAAGGCCUUAUGAAUGCAGCAGAUGUGACAAAUCUUUUAGCCAACGCUCCAGCCUCAAUCUCCACCGAAAAUUCCACACAAUGGAGAGGCCCCAGCCCCAUGGACAAAGGAAAUACAGGAAACCCUUCACUUCAACAUCUAACAUUGUUUAGCACCAGAAGUUCCACAACUGAGAAGGGCCUUGGACCUGAAGAAUAUGUGCUGUUUCCUUGUUCACUAUAAUGACACAAAAUAGACAUCUUUUAUGAGGGAGCCAUCUGCCUGAAGUUGAACCUCAUACUUCCAAAUAUCCAGAAAGGUGAAAUUCCUCAUAAGUUCCAGGCAUGUGUGAGGCUUACUGGAGCUGCAUUGCACAUUCUGAAUUCCCCAAGGCCGUUGCCAGAGUUACACCACUGCCAGUUUGUCUGGUUGAAGCCGUCUCACCUCUAUGACUUUGCACUGCAUUUCAUUGGUCACCCUGAUUUACCUAAGGCAAGGUAGAUAUCUGUGCUCACUUCUAUUCCCUGGAGGAAAUCUUGAGCAAUAUGUGCCCUUACAGCAAUUUCCUUUUUCUGAUUGAGUAUGAAUCUGACCCAGUUUGGAUUAAGAGUGGUUCUGCUGGAGGCUUGCAGGGAAGGUUACUUAUUCACAGAAACUGUUGGUCUCUCAUGACACUUGUAGUUGAUUUUUCCACCUUCCACAUCACCAACCAAUAACUGUCUGCCUCCCAUUG